CUAAAAGGCGCCAAAUAAAAAAAUGGUAUUUUUCAAAAGAGGCGCGGAAAAUAGGUUUUUAGGUAUUCAGUGAUAUGAGCAAUUUCGCACUCACCACAACACUGCGAAGGACUUUAAAAGUGGAGGAAACUUUGUUUUCCAGCAGAAGCUUUGUACCAAAGACAAUUUCGACUUUUCCUAGAAAAUUUGGAACUUGGGCAGCUUUGUUUUCAUUGAAGUCUAGCUUGGAUUUGAAGUUACGUUUUAAGCCUUCAAGACUUAUUCAUAUGGAGAAUAAAGAGAGCAGCAGCUCCAGAGGUGCUUUAAUUGUGUUAGAAGGGCUGGAUCGUUGUGGGAAGACAUCGCAAUCUGGCAGACUGUACAAGUAUUUGGAUGAGCAGGGACAUUCAGUUGAGUCGUGGAGAUUUCCUGACAGAAAUACAGGCGUUGGGCAAAUGAUUUCUUCUUAUCUUGCUAACAAAUCACAGUUGGAUGACCAUGCAAUCCAUCUUCUCUUCAGUGCAAAUCGUUGGGAGAAGAGAUCAUUAAUGGAGGAGAAGCUGAAGAGUGGAACUACUCUCAUCGUUGACCGCUAUUCUUAUUCUGGGGUGGCAUUUUCCUCUGCCAAGGGACUUGAUAUUGAAUGGUGUAAGGCUCCAGAAAUAGGGUUGUUAGCUCCAGAUCUGGUUGUAUAUCUCGACAUAUCACCAGAGAAAGCUGCUGAAAGAGGAGGUUAUGGAGAUGAAAGAUAUGAACAGCUUGAGUUUCAGAAAAAGGUGGCUGGAUCUUAUUUGUCUCUUUGUGAUUCCUCGUGGAAGGUUAUUGAUGCAACCCUUUCGAUUGAAGAUGUAGAGAAGAAGCUCAGAGAAACUGUACUUGACUGUAUGAUGACGUGCCACAAAGGGAAACCAUUGUCUCAGUUAUGGCCAUGUUAGGUCUAGUGAAUGUCCGCAUGAAUGAUAUGUAUACCUUCUUUAUUACACUGUAUUAUUUUGAUGUAUUUUUGCUAUAUUUAAUCUUAUAAACGAUAUCCUAGGAAGUGUGGAGUGCUUCAUGUUUAUAGAUCCCUGUUAUGUUCAUGCUGCAAUACCAGUGUUUUUGGUGAUUAUCUGAAAUUCUAUUUUGGCGAGUGGCGAAAAAGAAAGGAUGCAAAUGUUUAUAUAAAAGAUGAUUGUACUACAAACCAUUAUAUUAACAGAA